CUCACUUUCAGUUUUCACAUAUAAAUACAGUAACAUAUAAACUCAUAAUAAAUUUUAUCUGAAUUCUUAGUUAUUAUCUAAAUACAGUCCAUCAUGGCGCCCAUCUCCAAGCCAUUGAUUGCCUCUCUUUUCAUCUCUCUUUUGGUUCUCCACCUAGUUGAAGCUGACCAGAUGGAGAAGGCGAGUCUAGCAGCAACUAGUCAAAAGAAAAUAGACUGUGCUAGCGCCUGCAAGACAAGGUGCCGCUUAGCGUCAAGGCAAAGGAUGUGCCAUAGGGCAUGUGGGACGUGCUGUGCACGCUGCAACUGUGUACCUCCGGGAACUUCCGGUAACCAUGAAUCCUGCCGCUGCUACGCCAGCUUGCUUACUCACGGUGGUCGACUCAAGUGUCCUUGAACAGACUCUGAAUCAAGUGUCUCUUUGUCCAUUAGUCUAUAUAUAGAUGCCUGUGGUGUGUGUAUAAAUGAGAUAUUGAUAUGAAUGUCGACUCAACUUUAUAUUUAUAUUUUAGUUAUGAAUUUUUAAUUUAUAUUA